AAAGAUAGCAAAGAAAGAUUACCAUACGCUAUACGACACGUCGUAUACGGUAUAUACUACGCGGACGCAAACUCCAACUUAAAACCAAUUUAAUCACCAUCCCUCAAACGACAAAACCGUACUCUCUUUUUCACUACUUCUCUCUCUGUUUCACUCCACUUUCCACUCCACAACACAAGUUCAAACUCCAUUCAACAAAACGGUAACUUCACUUUUCACUUCUCUCAAACAACAACACCUUCAACAUUUACAGCUAGGUGGUGAAGAUGAGAAAGAUAGCCCCAUGAUCUGCAUGAACACAUUAAUGAUUUGAAUAAAUUCAUGAACUUCACAUUGGAUUCACUUGUCUGCUCAACUUGUGCCAUUGGGAUAUUUCUCUGAAGUUUUACAGUACUUGUAGGUCAGGGUGCAUUCAUAUUUCAACGUGUGUGAGGCCCAAACCAUUAACCCGUUUGAGCUAUAAGCUAUGCAUACCCCAAAAACAAGAAGUGGUUCUUCUUCUGAGGUGACUCAGAAGGUUUCUGGACGCGCUGUACGCCAAAUGAGGACUACUACGAUAGACACUAACUCUAUAUCAUCUUCGUCGUCUUCAAGUCAAGUUAAUAGAAUAUCAAAGGAAAAAAGCCCCAAACUCAAUGAUCGAAAAUCACCCAGAAGCCCGGUUCCUGAGAGGAAACGUCCUAGCAAAAUAUCUGAAUUGGAAUCUCAAAUUUCUCAACUUCAAGAUGAUUUGAAGAAGGUGAUGGACCAGCUAGUUUUAACUGAAUCAAGCAAGAAGCAAGCUCAGCAAGACGCCGAGGAAUCCAAGGAGCAACUCUUAACGCUAUCUGCAAAACUCGAAGAGUCUCAAAACCAGUACCAGGAGCUCUGUGCUAACGGAGAAGCUCGUGAUAUCGAACUCCAGAGAUUGACCGAAGAACGUGACAGGGCGUGGCAAUCCGAGCUCGACACCUCUGGAAAGAAUCUCUUCGUUGACUCAACUGCUUUGGCUUCUGCUGUGAAAGAAAUUCAGCUGCUAAAGGUCCAGCUUGAGGUGGUUGCUAAUUGUGGUAAUGUUCAAACUCAACAUGCAGAAUCCGCGAAUACGGAGUUACUAAAUCUGAAGCAGAAGUUAUCAGAAUCACUUUCUCUGAUGGAGAGCAUGAAAAACCAACUCGACAAUUCCAAAGAAUCCGAAUGUCAGGCUCAAGUUGUUGUCGACGAAGCCUUGUUUCAACUCAAAGCUGCAAAAAGAACCGUCGAGAUUCUAGCGGACGAUGUUGUGAAAGAUGUAGAUGACUACAAUUCCAUUGCUUUGGAAUUAGAACAUUCUAGAACAAGGGUGGACACGCUAGAGACACUUGUGAGCAAACUUAAGACACAAGUCACUGUCACUGAUAAUGAUAAUGAAUCAGUUCAUUCUGAUCAAUUUCUUGUACAUGAUCGCGGAUUCGAGAAGGAAUGUGAAAUAGUGAAAGAUGGAGAGGAUCCUAAUGAAAUUGAAGUUGAGAUUUGUUCGUUGAAGUCCGAGGUUGAACGGUUGAGAUCUGAUCUAGAGACUGCCGAGACUAAAUAUCAACAAGAACAGAUUCAAAGCACGGUGCAGAUAAAAGGCGCGUACGAGUUGAUGGAGCAGAUAAAAUCAGAAUCAGGUGAGAGACAGCGCGAGUUGGAGGCUGAAUUACAAAGAAAGAAAGCCGAUAUUGAAGAACUGAAGGCUAAUCUAAUGGACAAAGAAACCGAGUUGCAAUGUAUAAUGGAAGAGAACGAGAACCUGAAUUUGAAGCUCGAAAAUAACAAGUCAUCACAGAAUGAUAAUGGACUUGCAAAGGAAGUUAAAAGAUUGGAACAAUGUUUGGAUGAAAUGAAAGCCGAUAUAAUGGACAAGGAAACAACACUGCAAAACAUAUCAGAAGAGAACGAGAUGCUGAAGAUGGAGAUCAGCAAGCGCUGUUCCGAUGGCGAAAAAGCAAGAGACGAAAUGGAGAAAGCUAAGGCUGCAGAACGCGAGGCAGCAACGAAGCUCGGGAUUGCGAUGGAGGAAGCAGACAGAAGCAACCGAAAGGCCGCGAGAGUGACCGAGCAGCUAGAAGCAGCGCAAGCGGCGAGCUUGGAAAUGGAAGGCGAACUGCGGAAGCUUAAGGUACAGGCUGAUCAAUGGAGGAAGGCUGCAGAAGCGGCUGCUGCUAUGCUUUCGGCCGGGAACAAUGAGAAGGUUACAGAGAGAGGUGUGUCUUUGGAGAAGAACUUUAAGUGUUCACCACCUUAUGGUGAAGAUAUUGAUGAUGAGUUCCAGAGGAAGAAAAAUGGUAAUGUGUUGAAGAAGAUUGGUGUCUUGUGGAAGAAGCCUCAAAAAUAGUGACUGAAAGAUUUAUCUAUCUAUCUAUAUAUGUUGUUUGUGUUUUUGCAAUUUUGUACACUUAGAUUAAUUUGCUUUGUAAAUUAUGGCUGUGGCUGAAACUGUUUGUUAUCUAUCUUUUAGUUGGAAAAUUGAUGUACUGCACAAUUUAUGUUUAAAGAUGUGCUACAUUAUGUCAUGUGUUUCGUCGCGGCGUAACAGUGUUUCGUCGCGGCUUUAACAUGGUUUCGGUGUUAAUUUGAUCUUCA